CAUUCACGAGCUCGAGUGGGCAGUGCGAGUCCACGCCACGGUUCACUGAGCUCUCACACAGUGUGUUUAUUGACGGGAUCCGCAGUCUGGUAAUGGCUUGACGCCGUGUCGUUGUGUAAUGUUGUCCUAAAUUUUGCUGGCGGAUCUAUCUCGGAGAAUCAAGCGCGAUCCGUUUAUCUUACACGAAUUAUUAAAGAGAGAGAGAUUGAGGCAUGUCUUUCUCGGACGAUACCUUUGCGCGAGCUCAGGCUGGACGGAAGAUUCGUUCACGGUAGCGCGCAUUGAGUCGAGCUUGUUUGCGGAGAACUGGAAGUGCACGCGUUCGUCUUUUUAACGGAAAAACUGGAAAUGAAUAUAUCCUGCUUAAAUCUUUUCACAUUGGGCAACAUCAAGCUUUCUCAUCGUCGUUCACGGUGAAAGGAAGAUCUGUCUCCAUUGUAAGUGCUCUCGUGAGGACCAUGUUGUGACAGUCAUGCCCCUGGAGAUGGAGAAGACGGUGACCAAGCUGAUGUACGACUUCCAGAGGAACUCUACAUCUGAUGAUGACUCGGGCUGUGCGCUGGAGGAAUAUGCCUGGGUUCCACCUGGACUAAAACCUGAACAGGUGCACCAGUAUUACAGCUCUUUACCAGAGGAGAAAGUGCCAUACGUCAACAGUCCAGGAGAGAAACAUCGUAUCAAGCAGCUCCUGCACCAGCUGCCCCCACACGACAAUGAGGUGCGAUACUGUAAUGGUUUGGACGAUGAGGAGAAGAGAGAGCUGAAGCUCUUCAGUAACCAGAGGAAGAGAGAGAAUCUGGGCCGCGGUAACGUCAGGCCCUUUCCUGUGACCAUGACUGGAGCCAUCUGUGAACAGUGUGGAGGACAAAUAAACGGAGGUGACAUUGCCGUCUUUGCAUCACGGGCUGGACACGGGUUGUGCUGGCACCCACAAUGCUUUGUGUGCAGCAUGUGCGACGAGCUCCUGGUGGAUCUUAUCUACUUUUAUCAGGAUGGAAAGAUCUUCUGUGGGCGCCAUCAUGCAGAGAGACUCAAACCCCGCUGUUCAGCAUGUGAUGAGAUCAUCUUUGCAGAUGAGUGCACAGAGGCAGAGGGCAGGCACUGGCACAUGAAGCAUUUCUGCUGUUUCGAAUGCGAGACCGUUCUGGGUGGCCAGCGUUACAUCAUGAAAGAAGGUCGGCCGUACUGCUGCACCUGCUUCGAGUCCCUGUACGCGGAGUACUGCGACUCCUGUGGGGAACACAUCGGUAUUGAUCAAGGCCAGAUGACAUACGAUGGCCAACACUGGCAUGCCACCGAAGAUUGUUUCAGCUGCGCCCGCUGUAAGAAGUCCUUGCUCGGCCGCCCCUUUCUACCUAAGCAGGGUCAGAUCUUCUGCUCUCGGGCGUGCAGCAUCGGCGAAGACCAGAAUGGAUCGGAUUCGGCAGAUUCUGCUUUUCAGAGCGCCCGUUCUCGCGAGGCCAGACGGAGCAGCUCCAAAUCCAACAGGAACACUGCUGGUGCCGGAGGAGAGACGAGCCAGGGAGGAGAUGGACGUUACUCCGGUGAGGUUGAUCCACUGUCCAUGCAGAUGGAUUUGCUUAGUCUUUCCAGUCAAAGCCCUAGCCUGACCCGAGACUCUCCAUCCUGGAACCCGCAGGCAGACGUGUAUGGGCACGAGAGCCAUAAUGAACUUUCCAACCCUCUUCAUCUGCUCAGUCAGUGCAACAUCCGGACUUGCUAUUCUCCGAAUCCGUCUCCCGGUCACCCGACGGAUCCAAAGCCCGCGGCUUCCAAAAGACCCCCAAUAUCUGCUCUAAAAGGAAAGUCUUUGAAUGAAAACUGGUUCCAGCCAGGACCAGAGGACUAUUACCCACCCAAUCUGAGGACACAGAUGAGCUUUCAAGAGGUUCCACAUAAUAGCUUCGUAGAUAAGCGCUCCGUAAGCUUGCACGUGUUCCAGAGGGAGAAGGAGGCGGGUCAGCAGAUGGGCCGUAGCAGGAACCCUAUCAGUGCACUUAGCUUUAGCGAACAGCUCGUGGCACAGGACCAAACUCCACAUGGCUCAAUGGAGUCGCUGGCUUUGUCUAACGCUACAGGUACCUCUGUAGAAGGCGGGAAUAAACGUCAGGAGCACUUGUCUCGCUUUUCAAUGCCAGAUUUGAGCAAAGAUUCAGGCAUGAAUGUUUCUGAGAAGAGCAACAUGGGCACCCUGAACUCAUCCGUGCAGUUUCAUAGCUCUGAAUCUCUACGCAGCCUGAACUCGGCACAGCCCUACCUGGAGCUCGAAGUUCCAGUGCAGGUGAAAUUCCCCAGGCAGUAUUCCCAUGAACGUCUUGGAAUUAAUGCUUUGCCCUCUGGGUUCACCUAUCAGGAGGAGGAUCGCAUAAGUUUGGUCAAUAGCGCCAACAACGCCCGUCUGCCGCCCAUGAGCGACCGAACUCGCCGUCGAACCAUCAACCAGGAUGAGCCACGGCGACGUCACCACCACCACCGAUCUCGCCGCUCCCGCCGCUCACGUUCGGAAAACGCACUUAACCUCGCUGCGGAGCGCUGCCCGCCCCCCAGACGAUCUCAACUUCACCUACAUGAAGAUUACGACCAGUUUCCUCCUUCUCGUGGGUACCGGGGCCUUCAAAGCAGCGGUAGUGCUAGCAGACUGAGGCAGCAACCGUUUAGACCUUGCCCUCGGACGACUUCCGACCUCACGCUUCAAAACCCCGCCGUACACCGGCACCAGGGGCCGUAUUCGUGGGACCAAUACGAUUACGACGACGACUGGUGCUCGACCUGUUCCUCGUCUUCAGAGUCAGAAGAUGAGGGGUAUUUUCUGGGUGAGCCUAUUCCUAGACCGGUCCAGCUGAGGUACAUGACCAGCGAGGACCUGUUACGCAAAUAUAACUCCUCAGGUCUGGGCGCGUCCGGUCAGUUUGAGAGCCGCGGACAGUUGCACACCCGCAAACGUAGGAAAAGCAAGAACUGCAUUAUCUCCUGAACGUCGCGCCUACUGCGUCCUACACGGUCUUGCACAACAAGAUUUAUUCCGUCCUUAUAGCAAAUGUUUAAGAGGCUUUUCAGUGUCGUGAGGCCAUCAGUGAAUAAUACGCAGUAAUUUAAUUUGUUCGCACCUCAGAUUUGCAUAUGCAUGUGAUAUUUCCCAAAUAUUCUGGAUGUUACGUUUUAUUUCACACCGCAGCAUUUGUUACAGCUUACGUGCAAUUGUUUAUGUAAUCCAUUCAGGCACAGUGACUUCUUUAUUUUGUAUGGUUCCGAUUAUUCUUAUGUUUUCCUUUUCGGGCUGAAUACGCAAUUCUAGUCAGUAAUAAGAUGUAUAUACGCAAUCGAAUGAAGAAAUUCACUAAGUUAAGGAUGUAAUGUAAAUUAUCUGUAAAUGAUGUACUACAUAUUUUUAUAUUUUGUAUCAAUAGAAUCAUUUAUGUACUAAGCAUUAUGUAGAGAAAAUAGUAAAGGCAUGCGCAUUCAUUUGCUGAUUUUUGUCCUGUAUUGAAAAUUAAAGAGUAUUUCUGUGAGA